AAAUUGACAAGAACCGUCUAAAACGCCCUUUUUGUCUCACCAGUGGGAGGUCUGAAGCACCGUCCACCUUGGUGUCUCCGCCUCUCCCGUUUCAUCUUCUCCUUCACUGUAAUAAUCCAUCAAUACGUACAGCAUUACGGCUCCAAGAUUGCAAUUUUUUUUCUCUCCUUCACUGUCGCUUUCCACGGGUGCGAAUCCUUAGGUUUGCAUUUUCACAUUUUACGGAAUCAACCGUGUGAAUCGCUGUUUGGUUGGGGUAAUUGUUUGGAAGUCCUUAGCUGAUACUUUGUUUUGCUAGUCACAACGAUGGCGACGAUUUCCACUUAUUUAGCUACCACUCGCGGCGAAGGCGCGGCUAUUUUUGCGAGGGAAAAGUUAGAUCCUCUGAGGAUAGAUCACCGGACGGGAAUUAGAAUCUCGAAACCUUUUGAGAAUGAUCCACUUCCCGCUUAUCGGUUAUCUUUCCAUCUCCCCGGCAGAGAUAUUAGAGAAACAAGAACACGUAUGGCCUUAGUGGAUGAGAGGAUUGCACUUGCUAGAAACGUGGUGGAGCCUUCUUCUGGGGUCUUGGUAAGAAGAAAGUUUUUCACUCAGUUUGAGUUUGAUUUUGAUUAA